UUCGUUGGGAGACGUCGUGUGGCGGACCGUCCGAUGCUCAAUAAAAUAGCGCAGAUUAGUAUUUGUUUCAUACACUUCUUGAAUUUUCAACAAGUUGGCCCACUUUAUUGAAAAAAAUUUACAAUGAACACCUUAGUUUGGAUUGUAACGUUGUGAAAGAAAGAGUAUAAACGUCAAUCAGGCGCACCCUGCGAGGCUGCGCCGAUUCCUAGAAUUCGCUCGGAUUGGAUCGGCUUCCUAGUCGAUUUUUCCGUGUAGCUCAAAACAUCCCUACGUAAUUGACAGUCCCGGGUGUUGUGUGGUGUCAAAUCAUCACCAGUGAGAGCCGCAAAGCCAGCACCAUUCAUUCUCCAGUUGAAGAUCAACUACCAAAUACCCAGCGAUGUAUCGAUCACUUAGGAACCAGCAGCUGUCCGCUAGUUUCCACAAUGGCUCACGUAUACCCGGGUUCUUCCCUGACGGAGAACCGCUCCAGUGCGACGGAGACCCUCCGGUCCUACCAGAUCUGCCGCCCUACGAACGCGGCCGACACUUCGCUGGGAGCUGGUGUUGCGAUGUCGCCCCUCACUCAGUCACUGGACCCAAUUCUUGGGAGCAGCAUGUCAGGAGUCAGCGGCAUCAACAUCUCCUCUCAUAGUCAAAUUGCAACUCGUGCACCAUUAGCUGAACAUUUUCAGUGUGACGAACUCAAUACUCCAGAUGUGGUCCGAGAAAUGUUCGAUUUCCCGGCGAGCAGGGAUCUUAAUCUCGACAAUGAAUUAUUUACGGAUAUGGACGAGAUUUUACCUUUUGACCACAAAACAUUUGGCGGUAUUGAGAACGAGACUUCUUCCGCGACAUCAUGUGCUUCAAAUAUUGUAUCGUUGUGUCAAGAUUCAACCUCGAACGGAACAGAAAACGUCAACUGCGGAAUAAUGGGGACCACAACCCCCAAAUGUGAAUUCCCUUUCUCCCUUCAAGAUAAUGUUAAACCAGUCAAUGCUGAUCGCAAUCAUUGUCCUUACAUGGGCUUGGAUUCCGCUGGUAACCGCAAUGAAAGCCGAACGCUCUAUGCACCCACUGAUUGCAAUAAUAAGCCUGAGAGCUAUUGCAAUGAUCUGAAUUUCAGUUCUAGUUUGGCCGAGAUGGUACCUUGUCAUCAAUCAGCAACACUGGACACAGGACCAGAAGACUCAGGUGUUGAGCUUCCUGCUGACAAAGUUACACUUGACCAUCCGCAGGCAAACGACUUAAUGGAUGACGCUGAUUUCAAUCGCUUCGUUGAUGAGAUAAAUGAUGAUUCUAUCAGUGCGCUGGAUAUGAGUAUUUCCUACAAGUUGCCAGACACACCCACGGAUUUGGACCAUAUGGAACUGCUCUGCACUUCAGAGGAACCAGGGAUGUUGUUGGGGAGUGCAGAAGAUUCUUUAAAAAUUAAUCUGGAACGUUCUCCUGGUGAUCUGGACCAUUCGGCUAUCAUCAAUGCAACCUGUGAGCCUCUGCAACUCUUUACGGUGCCUACGCUGGCGAAUUCUGCACAGAUUACUGAAAAUUUGAAAUCUAAAUUUGAAGCAAAUGACGCAGUUGAAUCACGCAUGCUCACGCAAAAACAGUCUGAUUUGAUGCUAAAAUCUACAGAUUUUUGUGCCUUCACAUCUGUUGAUCGCGAUUUAAAUCCUUCCCUUGAGUCGGAAUUGACUCAAAUGUCGAAUAAUCCCGCCCCUGAAAUAAAACCCUCAGUUAACCCCGGAAAAAUGUCUAAUUUAUUGCUGGAGCAGUUCAACCCAGUGACGCACGCAAACCAGAGUGGCGUUGCCAAUGAGUCAUCUUCACUUCCAACUCCUGUCAACCCUACACCUCUCCAUAUAGAAUUUGAUCCUUCCUUCAACAUACAAACUAAGAACGAACUUCAGCAACACACAAAGCCUACCAUCAAGGUGUCGGUAAUAAGAAGCUGUUCCAUGCCUCGACACGGUGGAGCCCGCGCAGCUCAGAAGCCUCUCAAGAGGCUGGCUCCUCAAAGCAUUCCAGAACUCAAACUGAAGAAAGUGCGCUUGAAUAAUAAUAGUUACUGUCGUAACACCGUCAUGGGGGCUCCAUUUCCUCUACGUAACCCCAACAUCACAUCACAACACUCAGUUCGUUAUCCAAGCGUCUCCACCCAAAAUUCAGUGCGUCAUCACAGCAUACAAGUCUUGAAUUCGGUACCUCAUCAGAACAUGCCAGUACAAAACUCGGUACUUCAUCCCAGCACCCCAGUCCAAGUUUCGGUACUUCAUCCCAGCACCCCAGUCCAAGUUUCGGUACGUCAUCCCAGCACCCCAGUCCAAAUUUCGGUACGUCAUCCCAGCACCCCAGUACAAGUUUCGGUACGUCAUCCCAGCACCCCAGUACAAAACUCGGUGCGUCAUCACAGCACUCCAGUCCGAAAUUUGGUACGUCAUCCCGGUAUCUCAGUCCAAAAUUUGGUGCGUCAUAACAACAGUGUCAUAAUAAUUCCUGCUGAUAAAUUCAUCCAUUUGUCCGACCCAUCUGUCGGUCAACAGUGCAACGCAAGUUCAGGUAUUACCUCAAGUUCAAGUGAAUCACAAUCGUUUAAUCAAGGAAAUAUUCCUUCUGAAACCAUUAAUGACAAUACCUUGCAAGUUUUUUGCAAUAUUCCGUCUGAUAGCAUCGCUGGCCCGUCCCAUCAUAUCGAGCGUCUACCAGAUGCAGCAAUCCCGGGUCCUUCUUCGAGAAACAACUUCUGGAGCGAUGGCCGCGCCACCAUUGACAUAACCACGUCAGACGGCGAGUCUCCACAAGAUGCGGCAAUCCUUGGUCUUUCUUCGAGCAACCUUUCUGGGAACAAUGGGCACGCUUCCAUUGACAUAAGCAUGCUUUCAGACCGCGAAGAUGAGAGUGAGGACAGCGAAGAUGAAGAGUUCCAUGUUUCACCGCGCAGUUAUAGCGGCAAGCACAGACGCUCUGCAGGAGCCAGAGACAGCGCGUUCGUUGGGUUCAGUAGACUACCGCGCGGCAAGCAACGUGAAAUAGAUGCACAAAAAUAUCGCAGGAACAAGGAAGCAAACAACAUAGCUUCGAAGAAAUCACGUCUCAAAAAGAAGAACAUGUUGGAACAAAUGAAGAGCGAUUUAGUUGCGGAGUCCAAUAGAAAUGAGAGGUUGAAGUUGUUAUUUGAGAAGGUUCAGCGUCAGUACGAGGUUAUGAAGAGGAUUGCGGCUGACCCAAAUACCUGCAGGAGUUGUUUAUCGAAGAAAUAAAACAGCUAUGUUACCAAAACUAAGCACAAUAAAGUAUGAAGUAUUGAGAGAUUUGUCACGCUGGAUUUGGAAGCAGGUGCUGCGAAGACACUUAGUAAUUGGCCUUAAAAGUACAAAUUUAUAACUAAAUUGUUACUAGUAUAUUUAUCUAGACUCUAUGCCACAUUUGUAUAUUGGAUAUUGACAAAAAAUUAAUGAAAAAGUUCAAACGCAGUACAUCAUCGGUGUUGUGUUUAGGAAGUCGAAAUGUUGAUGCUAAAUUGUGUCCCUGUUGUCUAAUGUUCGAAGUUCUACAUGAAGAAUUAUUUUAUAGUUUUAUUUAGAUAAUUAAAUAGUUUCAUUUAAUCCGAUGUUAUCCUAAUUUACGUUUUGUAGAGACCAUGGAUCGUUUUAGUCUUCUAUGUAUUGCUGCCUAAUUUCUAAUUUUUUUUUGCCGUCGUGAAUUGUUGAACUCUUGUUGUAUAUGAAGCUUGCACGGCGGCCUGGUGUUGCUCGGGAGGUUUUGUGGUAACCUGACGAUUUUUCCAGAAGUUAUUUGUGUGCGGAUAAAUGCGAUGUAGCAUGGAUAUGCUGCGACGUUUUCUGUUGCGCAAAUGAGUAGUGAGAAACCGAGAUGUAAUCACCCGAGGUAGUCAUGGAAACUACAAUCACGUAAAUUUAAAAAUUUUUAUUAAUUCACGCUUUUGCCUGUUAUCUCUCAACACUUGCACUCAAUACUGCUUUCUUCAGUCUUCGACUUGUUUUAAUGCAGGGUACGGGCAUAACUAUUUCCAGUAGCAUGUCUUUUCUCCUUGGUGAUCGACUUAAUUUGUCUGUGAGCCUUCAAAAACCCAUGGAAGACUAGAAUUUCAUCAUUGGGAUCAAAUUCGCAUUAAUACGCAUAUUCGCAGUAAUACAAGAUCAUCAUCUGACUUGUAGCAUAGCCUGAUUCGUCGCAGAUAUGAAAAUAAGCGUUUUUCGGUCGCGCACUUGUAUGUAUUUUAUUAUUGCUCUCUCCAAUGUAUUCUUAGUUGUAAGACCAGCUUGUGAGGCGACGAAUGGAAUCAUUCUAAGCCGUUAAUUUCAUGAUUUGGGGUUCAAAAUGUUUCAUGUAAUGUUGGUUGUCUACUCGAAGAACAGUUCUUCGCCUGUCUCCGAGCGCGACGAAACUGCUGGGCAAAGUGGACGCGCGGAAUUGUUUAUUUAAUAGCCAGCGUAAAUUGUGCCGUCCACAAUUUCUGAAAUUUGAUAAUUCCAUUUAGUUUGAAUUAAACUCGAAAUUGUACGAUAAAUUGCGUCAGUUUGAUUGCAGUAAUGUGUAAAGUGCAAUUGUUUGUAGAAUUUCAGGACACUUGACGCGAUGGAAAUAUUCCCUGCCAUUAAUACACAUGUGAAAAUGACAAGGAACUAUUUUUGAGAAACUAUGCCUCAAAGUAGGAAGCAAUAUAGUCAAACAUGAUUAUCAUAUGCACGAAUGCUGACAUAUUUGUUAUGUUGGUGCAGGUUAAAUCGAUUGUCGCAGCACGAGGUUUGAAUUCAGCUAUAAAUUUUACAUCUUACUACUCCUGUUAAUCAUUGUCACGAGAUCAUGGAAUCAGCGAGUUCAAGUUUUUGCGCACUUCGCGCCAAAAAUUAGGUUUCAUUGCAAAUGAAACCGAAAUACCGUAGUUAUUACACAUUUUUAGCUGAUUCUGUUAUCACAUGACAAAGAUAAAAAUAGGAGUAAAUAAAAGAUAAUAGGAGUAAAUUUAAACCUUGCAGCGACAAUUGAUAAAGAACUUAACAGGACUGUUACCCUACGUGUAGUAUAUUAUAAUUGAGUAUGCUACCAUUGCAGCAGUUGCUAAAUUACUGUAAACUGUAUCCGUAGCAAGAUUGAACAAUUUAUUGUGGUAUUGUCCAAUAUAAAGAGAGAAUUGAA